UUUUUUCAUUUCAGGUCAAUAGACUUGCUGAGGACUUAUUGUGGACGACUAAAUCUGUCUAAAUAAAAUGGCUCCAUAUGAUGCCAACAGACAUUACCUGCUCUGCCCUGUGUGCAAGAAGACACAUGCUAUGCUCCCCAAACAUUUACGAAGAGCGUGCAUGAAAAAAGCCUCUGACGAUGAAGUCAUGAGUGUUGUGAAGAAGGCUAAGGAAGAUGCUCAUGAGAUUCUACAGUCAGGGCGCAUGUUUUCCUUUGACGUCAUAAGGGGCAUUUCUGACGAUCCAAGCACAAUGAGGAGGUUGAUUAAAGAACUUGAAAGGCGCCAUAUGGUGGUAACAGACAUCCCAUCAAACUUUGAAAGUUCUUCCGUCAUUCCUCAAACCGUACAGCCACCUCCGACUGCUGCUGAUGUUGAAAUGACUGAUGAGCCUGACGAGGUGGAGAGCGUCAGCAGUGGAGAGACAUUUCAAUGUGAAACACAACAAGGAUGGCAGACAGAGAACCGACAGCUGAUGAUGCAGAAAGGCCUAUACCAGAAGCACUCAAGGGAUCAUAAAUUGCUGAAGGAAUAUGCCACAUUUCUGCACAAAGAUAAAGGACUUGACAAUUACAGACAAGAUGUGGACAAUGUUGCAAGAUAUUUGCAUUACAUGGACCCAAGUGGUCCUUCACUACGAUUUGUGAUGCAACCAAGAGACAAAACCAAACAGUAUUUGAGAGAUCUGCAGGAGGCCAAACUGAAGAAACGAACUCAGGUCAAUUACCUGAAAAGUCUCAGACGGUUCCUGUACUUUCAUACGUACGACGCAGACUUGAAACAGGAGGACCCCGUGCUUCAUGCCCACUGUGUUGACUUUCUGGAAUUCCUGAAGCUACAGCAAACAAAAUCUUCCAAGCAAGUCAGCAAGGAAAUUACAAGAAAGAGACACGAAAUACUGACAACAACGGCUGAAAUCACAACACCUGACACUUUGGCUGUCCUGAAGUUGGCAAAGAAGGACUUUUUGACAGUGAUUGGAAAAGUCUUUCCAGAGGAGUCCAGUCUUCAAAUGUGGCAUCAAACCAGUGAGCAGCCAGGAAGCUCGCAGGUUAACUGAAACAGCAAUGAAGACAAGAGUGGACGUGGAUAAAGCACUGGUGGCUGACUACCUGACCCAUUCCAACGCAAGAGCUGAAAAGCACUACCGGAUGAAAACACCCACAAACAUUUUGACGGCACGAUUAAUUCUGGAUUCCGUUCAAGCUGAAGUCAUCGUCAUCUCCAUCAGCGUUUCCUGUUGCAUCAACAAAAGGGGCUGGACGUCUGCAACAUCAUUCCGCAACUAUCUUUUUUAUUAUUAAUUCAUAUCAUUUCACUAGAUUUUGUUUUGUUUUAAUGAACUUGUUCUUGGAGAAAAGGGG